AUGAACAAAGAUUUCGAUGCACUCCUACAAAAUGGAACUUGGUCCUUUGUUGCACCUUCACCACGAGCUAACAUUGUGGGCUGUCACUGGGUAUAUCGAAUAAAAAGGAAAGCUGAUGGAACCAUUGAGCGUUACAAAGCUCGUUUGAUUGCCAAAGGCUUUCAUCAACAAGAAGGAAUUGAUUUUUGGGAAACAUUUAGUCCUGUUGUAAAACAUGCAACAAUUCGGUUGGUUCUAUCUAUUGCUGUUUCCUAUAGCUCAAGCUCUACAGACAUCAACAAAACAAUUCAAAAUCUAAAAGAUGCAUUUGCUGUCGACGAGUUGGGAGAUCUUCAUUUCUUUCUUGGGGUCGAAGCCAUUAGAAGCUUAGAGGGUCUUUAUCUCACUCAAUGA